UGAAUUUGAUAAUGGAAGGUAAACAUAGUUUCUAUCUAGACAUCUUUAAAUCGCCCUCUAAUAAAUUCUUCAUAAUUAAAUACAAGACCAGAGGACAAGCUGAUUAAAGUCUAAAUAGCAAAGUGAUUUUCCUCCAAAAGAGAUUUGAUUAGUAAUUAAGGAAUGCAGCCUAAGUAUGCGAGUAAGUGGGAGUCUUUUUGAGUUGUCUGGAUCAACAAUCAUUUAUUGCUUUUGGUACAAUUUAGAAUGAACCAACUGAUUUUGAAUAUCUCACAGUAUUUCUAAAAAGUUAACUCAUUAGGAGGAAUAGUAGCAGAAUUUGAGUAAAUUGCAGGAGUUUUUCUAAUCAUUUGUGAAGGUAGAGUGGAUAUUUAAAGGUGUGCUUAAUUUUGAGAAAACUAAAAAUAUUAAAAAUGAUUUGAAUGAAAUGAAACCAGUCAAUCAUUGCAAGGAUGUCUAAGAAUUGACGUGUCAGACUGCAGAAUAAGUAAAAUAUAAUGUAUUAAUCAAAGUUAUUAUCAUUACUUUAAAAAUAAGAACCUUAUAAGCCUUAAUUUUAAUGGGGUGUUGUUGUAAUACCAUAAAAAAUUAAUGAUAUAAUCAACUAAAAUCUUAGACCUCAUGAUAAUGAUAAAUAAAAAAGUAGUAAGAGUAGAAGUCGACACAAGGAAAAGGAAAAAGAUAAAGAAAAAGAUAGAAGAAAAUCAAGCAAGGAUAGAGCAAAAGAGAAGUAUGAUCGUAAUAAAGACAGAAGAAGCAAAGAAAGAAGUUAAAGAAGAAGUAAAGAGAAAAAAAAAAAAGCAAUGAAAAAAAAGAUAACAGAGAAGAUAUAAAAAGCCAAAAUAUAUCAGAGUUUGUUGUUUAUGAUAGUAUUCUAAUACAUAAUAGAUAAUAGAUAAGGAUUAAAGAGAUAAAGAAAGACAGACAAGAGAAAAAGAAUACUAGAAAGAAAAAGAUUAAAGAGAACAAAGAGAAAGAGAGAGAGCAAAAGAAUAAAUAGAAUAGAGAGAAAGAGACAGAGAAAAAGAGUAACGAUAACAAAAGGAACAAGAAAAAAGAGAAAAAGAAGAAAAAGAAAUGAUAGAAAAAUAGAAAUAAAAAGAGAAAGAAAGAGAAAAAGAAAAAGAAAAGGAGAGGGAAAGAGAAAAAGAAAGGGAAAGGGAAAAAGAGAAGGAGAAGGAGAAAGAGAAAGAAAGGGAAAAAGAGAGAGAAAGAGAAAAAGAGAAAGAGAAAGAAAAAGAGAGAGAAAGAGAAAGAGAAAAAGAAAAAGAGAAGGAAAGUAACAAAGAUAGAGAAAGAGAAAAAGAUAGAGACCGAUAAAGGGAUAAAGACAAAGAUUAUAAUAGAGAUAGAGAAAAAUUUGAUAAAAGCAAAUAUGAUAAGAAAGAUGACCAUAGAUAAAAAGAAAGGAAUGAAUCUAAACAUGAUUAUGAUAAAAAAUAAAAGGAUAAAGAGAGAGAAAGGGAUAAAAAUAGAGAGAAGUCGAAGGAGAAGUCUUUUGAGAGAUCGGAUAGAAAAGACAGAGAGAGAAGGAAAGAGAAAGAGAAAGACAGAUCGAGAGGUGGAGACAAAGAGAGAGAUAGAGAUUACAAUAAUAAGAAACACAAGGAUUAUAGAAGGGAAACAACCAAAAAGAGAAGUGAGGAGAGAUCUAAGCCUCGAUCUAGGAGUGAGGACAGACGCUAAGGUCAUAAUUCAAAUAAAAAUAAGAAGUUCGUUGAUUUAGCUUCAUAAAGCGAACAACCAAGAGAAUUCUAGUACCAAAACAUUAAUAAAUAGUUCAUCUGUGUCAUUAUCAUCCCAUAAAUAAGAGUAAGAGCAACAAGAUCUUGAAUUGGAAUAAAAUUCUGUGAGACCUGAAUAGAAGGACCAAGUAGAUCUUGGAGUUAUUUUGAAUGUUUUGGAUUCCCCUAAACCAAAUGCACAAUAAUUUCAACCUUUAAUUUAACCAGUUAUAAUUACACCAGCUGAAUAAAUAGUAUUAACAAAACAAAGUGAAUCCCAACAAUCAAACAUUCUAAAUAGUGAUUCCAAAAAAAGGAUAUUAUUAGUCAAUUAAGAGAAAAGUUUAAGUGUGCCAGAUAAUGUUGAAUAGUAAAAAUAAUUAAAUCCAGGCUCAAUGAAGAUCAUAAAAGAUGCNAAAAAAAAAAAAAGCAAUGAAAAAAAAGAUAACAGAGAAGAUAUAAAAAGCCAAAAUAUAUCAGAGUUUGUUGUUUAUGAUAGUAUUCUAAUACAUAAUAGAUAAUAGAUAAGGAUUAAAGAGAUAAAGAAAGACAGACAAGAGAAAAAGAAUACUAGAAAGAAAAAGAUUAAAGAGAACAAAGAGAAAGAGAGAGAGCAAAAGAAUAAAUAGAAUAGAGAGAAAGAGACAGAGAAAAAGAGUAACGAUAACAAAAGGAACAAGAAAAAAGAGAAAAAGAAGAAAAAGAAAUGAUAGAAAAAUAGAAAUAAAAAGAGAAAGAAAGAGAAAAAGAAAAAGAAAAGGAGAGGGAAAGAGAAAAAGAAAGGGAAAGGGAAAAAGAGAAGGAGAAGGAGAAAGAGAAAGAAAGGGAAAAAGAGAGAGAAAGAGAAAAAGAGAAAGAGAAAGAAAAAGAGAGAGAAAGAGAAAGAGAAAAAGAAAAAGAGAAGGAAAGUAACAAAGAUAGAGAAAGAGAAAAAGAUAGAGACCGAUAAAGGGAUAAAGACAAAGAUUAUAAUAGAGAUAGAGAAAAAUUUGAUAAAAGCAAAUAUGAUAAGAAAGAUGACCAUAGAUAAAAAGAAAGGAAUGAAUCUAAACAUGAUUAUGAUAAAAAAUAAAAGGAUAAAGAGAGAGAAAGGGAUAAAAAUAGAGAGAAGUCGAAGGAGAAGUCUUUUGAGAGAUCGGAUAGAAAAGACAGAGAGAGAAGGAAAGAGAAAGAGAAAGACAGAUCGAGAGGUGGAGACAAAGAGAGAGAUAGAGAUUACAAUAAUAAGAAACACAAGGAUUAUAGAAGGGAAACAACCAAAAAGAGAAGUGAGGAGAGAUCUAAGCCUCGAUCUAGGAGUGAGGACAGACGCUAAGGUCAUAAUUCAAAUAAAAAUAAGAAGUUCGUUGAUUUAGCUUCAUAAAGCGAACAACCAAGAGAAUUCUAGUACCAAAACAUUAAUAAAUAGUUCAUCUGUGUCAUUAUCAUCCCAUAAAUAAGAGUAAGAGCAACAAGAUCUUGAAUUGGAAUAAAAUUCUGUGAGACCUGAAUAGAAGGACCAAGUAGAUCUUGGAGUUAUUUUGAAUGUUUUGGAUUCCCCUAAACCAAAUGCACAAUAAUUUCAACCUUUAAUUUAACCAGUUAUAAUUACACCAGCUGAAUAAAUAGUAUUAACAAAACAAAGUGAAUCCCAACAAUCAAACAUUCUAAAUAGUGAUUCCAAAAAAAGGAUAUUAUUAGUCAAUUAAGAGAAAAGUUUAAGUGUGCCAGAUAAUGUUGAAUAGUAAAAAUAAUUAAAUCCAGGCUCAAUGAAGAUCAUAAAAGAUGCGCCCUCCAAAAGUAUAUAAUAAAUAGCGAAUCAACAAUGUUAAGCAAAAAAGUCAGUGGUAAUUUAAGACUCGAAAUAAGUAUUCAUUAUUAAAUAUUCAAAAGGGUAAUGGAAGUUAAAUUAGAGAUAGGAUAAUACUUAAAAAGAAAUGA